AUGAAAAAACGACUGGAAAUUGAUUUGGAACAGCGCAAAGACAGAGAUCCUGUCAAUUCCAAUGAUGUUGACAUCAAGCAAAUUGCCGAUGAUCAAGCCGCUCUACGAACGGCCGACGAAUUUGAGGCACAACGAAUCGCCGAGCGAGAGUCGCGGCGGAGAGAGGACUACAAUAAACUGGUCCCCAAAUUAUCUGAGUGGUGGUCAAAGAAAUUGUACUGUGGUGAACCAGUCAAUCAAGCGAUGCAAAGAAUGGAUCGCAUUCAAACCGGCAACGCCUUAUUUGCAGCCUGGGAUGAUCGAUAA